AUGGGGUCUUUGGAAGCCGCCCCUAGGCACAGAGACCCUUUACCUGCCAUCGGUUUCUUAGGCAAGGACGGUUCAGGGUAUACACCCAACCACUCAUCGAUCGCGUCUCCCUCCCCUCUCCUAUCUCCCAACAACAUGUACGCCGGACAACAGUUACCUUAUUCCUACGCGCCGCCUGCCACCAAUGCUCCCCCUCAACCCGGAUACAUUUCACCACCAGAGUCGCGUCGAGUGUUGGAGGAAGAAAAGGACAAGGCUGCCUCAAGACAGUCGCUCCCAUCUAUACACGAAGCCCUGGGAAAAGAUCCUCACCUCCCAUACCCAGCACCUACCUCCGCACCACCUCAACAACCCGGCCAUGCUGCGCCGCCAUCACACCUCAUCGGCCGACCAGGCGCAGAGGGUCCCGCCGGUCCUCCCAAUCCAUUCUCCAACGGCCCAGCUUCAGGAUCGCUGAUGCGAGAACCAACAUACCCUCACCAAUCUCAGCUUCAGACGGAUCCAUCGCGCAACAGCCUCGUCUCGGUCAAUACACAAGAAUCCCGAAACGCGUCGCUUCACUCCCUCAGCACCGGCAAAUCGCCCACCCAGAGCGCCAAAACCGGUAUCACAUCAGUCUCUGGGUCACAAAAUUCCGCCUACGAUUACAGUGCGCCUCCAUCUGCUGGGAGCGUGGCUUCUCCAAAUGGCUACAGUCAUUUUCCUCCUAAUUAUUCCUUUUCGCAACCGAGUGGCCCGUCAUACCCUCCCACGUCUUACGAUAAUCGCCCAUACAUGGGAGCGCCACGUGUGGAAGAAGUCAAAGGUGGAUUUGUGGGUCGUCCCAUGCCUGGUCAACCUCACAGUGACUCGGUGAAACGACAUCUAGAAGUCUACGAUGUGGAGACAUCUUUGAAUGAGAUCGUCGAGAUGAGCACACGAACAUUGGAAUUUUCACGGCACUACGCUGCCCGGGCUCAUCAAACACAACGGUCUGGACCGGUCAUGGGCUCAUUGCCCUCGCUCAACGAAGUGGAGGACAUUCUCCAUAUGCAGCGUCGGAACCAAGAUGCUUUGAUACGGAUACGGACGGCCGUGGUGAACCAGGAACAGGCACUAGCAGAAAUGGCCCAACGAAAGGCCUACAAGCCCGAGGACGAACACAUGGCUGGAGGAUUGUACCAAGAAGACUUCAAAGGUACGGGUGGGUUCGCUGGAGCGGACUCAAAGAAACGGCGUGGAAAAGCGGCCCCUCCUGGUCGUUGCCACAGUUGUAACCGAGCCGAAACACCAGAAUGGCGUCGGGGUCCAGAUGGUGCCCGAACGCUGUGUAACGCAUGUGGUUUGCACUACGCCAAGCUGACACGCAAAAUGGGCGCCAACAAGGCGGCAACCCUGGGAUCGAAUCUGAAGCCCAAGUCGAUCCUUGAUUCCGCCUCUCCAACCAGUCAUUAA